GUACCCCAGUCAGACAGCCCUAGAAUUUAGACCCUGGGGCUGGAAUAAGACGAGAACCCUGGCCGGCCCGGCCUGCCUCGGCCGCCCCUCGGGUGGGUGUUCUGGUGACGGCUGUGUGCCAGCUGUGCCGUCCUGACCGCCUCUGCUCACGGGACUGGCGUCUCGGGCCGGGUCUGGGCGGCGGUACAGUCUGGCAGCGCCGAGGCCCCUCGGGAGGCACGGGGCAGGGUCAGCACCACGGACAGCCCCGCCAUGCGGCAGUUCCGUGCCAGACAAGGCUGGCGUCCGACUGGGCCGCCCGGUCCCUGCCGACUGUUCCGAGCAGUGACGGACUCACGCCCGAGAGCCAUCCUGACGCCCCAGCCUGCCCCUCGCUCACUUGGGUCCGCUGUGGCUUCCAGCGCAAGCCCCAGAGCCGCGCCCCUCGGGGUCCCGCAACCCGCUGGACUCGAAGCCGCGGCUGUCAUCGCUCCGCAGUCCGUGCCCGCUCCUCGCUGACGUCAGCCGGAGCCGUGCUGGAGCUAUAUAAGGCUGGCGGCGGUCCCGGGACAGACCCCGUGUUUCCUGAGGCGCCCUCAGCCCGCCCCGAGGGACAGACCGGAGCUCCGUCCCGGGCUGUGCAGACGCCCUUCCCUCGACCCGGCCGGUGGCACCAUGCGGCUGGCCGGACGCGCGCCGCUGCUGGCCGCGUUGCUGCUCCUGGCACAGCUGCGCCCGGGGAGCAGCCAGUGGAGCCCGGAGGAGGCAGCGGCGGCCAGGGUCCAGGACCCGAGUCUGCGCUGGAGCCCCGGGGCUCGGAACCGGGGUGGUGGAGCCCGCGCGCUUCUCUUGCUGUUGGCUGAGCGCUUCCCCCGCCGCCCGGGGACAGGCGGAUGGGGAUCCGGGACCUCAGGCGAGCGGCCGCGACGGGACGACCCUCCACUGUCCAUUGACCUCACCUUCCACCUGCUGCGGACCCUGCUGGAGCUGGCGCGGACUCAGAGCCAGAGGGAGCGCGCAGAGCAGAACCGCAUCUUGUUCGACUCGGUGGGCAAGUGACCGGCGGCGUCGGAAGCCUCGACCCCCUCCCCCGCCCCGGGCUGGCACCUGCCCGACCGGAACUGACCCCGUCCCGCGGGGCGGGGCGGCCCGGGAGUCCCCUGAGCCCUCCCUGCGUUACUAGUUUUUAAUAAAAGUGCUGAAGAGCCGUUGGCCUCUGUUGUGGGGGCGCGGGGAACUUUCCGCAGCGGGGCGGGAACUCGGGGAAAGUGAGCCUCCCGGGACGGCGGGAGGGAGUCGGUGCUGCAGGCGGACGGCUUUCAACCAGGGUCCUGUGUCCCCAUCGUCCCCACGUCCCCCACCAACUCAGGUCCCGAUCUCUCCACGCCACCCCUGCUCUUUGCCCUUGGCACCGGGCUCGGGGUCGGUGCCUGAUAGUAAGGAGACGCCCGACGGGGGCUCAUUCCACUUCCGCCCCCCAACUGGCCCCAGAUCCAGAGAAGGGAGCGAUGGGGAU